AUGGCGGGUGAUGAUAGAGCCACCACCAUUCACACCACCAGCCUGAUCAGAUACGACAGUGGGCUCUGCCUGAGCCAAAUGAUCUGCCACAGAGGGUACCCCAGUGAGGAGUACGAAGUCCUGACUCGCGACGGCUACUAUGUCAGCCUGAACAGAAUUCCUCACGGGAGAGAAAAUCCUAGGAACAGAGAUGCCGGCUAUGAUGUCUGGCUGGGCAACAGCAGGGGGACAAGCUGGUCGCGGAGACACCGGCAUCUUUCAGCUGACCAGGUUGAAUUCUGGGAUUUCAGCUUUCAUGAAAUGGCGAUGUACGACCUCCCAGCCGUGAUCGACUUUGUUCUGCAGAAGACUGGGCAGAAGCAGAUCUAUUACGUUGGCUACUCGCAGGGCUGCACGAUCGCGUUCAUUGCGUUUUCAUCCAUGCCAGAACUGGCUCAGAAAAUCAAAAUGUUUUUUGCCCUGGCUCCAGUCCUGACAAUCAAGCACACCAGAAGUCCCAUCAUGAGAAUGUCCUUCCUUCUGGACAGGCAAUUCAAGGUGUUUCAGCUUCUGCUGGGCAGAACGGACGCCUCGCUGUGGAUGAGGAAGCUGUGGAGGUUUCUCCCCGCGCUGUGCAGCCGCCCGCUGCUGUACAAGCCCUGCGCCAACCUCCUCUUUCUGCUGGGUGGCUACAACGAGAAGAACCUCAACAUGACGCGGCUGGAUGUGUACACAUCCCACUAUCCAGACGGAACGUCCGUCAAAAACGUGAUACACUGGGCCCAGAUGUGA